GCAACCGCGCGUGCCUUCAAAAAAUCCCACAAAAAAAAAACACAGAAGUACGACCAAACUUCGAAUAAAGCCUAUUGGAAAGUUCAAUCAAAUCUCGCCGAGAAAUGAAGCUGCAACGUCUCUUGCUCACAGCUGUGCUGAUCCUCUGCCUCAUCCUGGCGCAGAACGACCGGACCACGGAGGCCCGCCGCCUGAUCUUCUUCAAUCCGCACAGCCGCACCCUCCACAGCCAGCUGCUCGUCUCGCGGAAACUUCCGCGGCCUUGUCCCGCCGGCAAGAUGCGGGACCACCGGGACCGCUGUCGCCGAGCACUGAUCUUUGGCCGCAGCACCUGAGAGGGAGGACCCCAACGCCAACCACAAAAUCUCCUUGUCUAUUGUUAUUAAUUUAAACUUUUUUUUGAGUUAUUUGUAAGCUAAUUUAUUGCCCCCGCUCUUAGAAGUAGUUGCAUAGGUUUAUUCCGGUAUUUAUUACGUUAUUUAUUCGUAGCUGGUUACGAAAUAGUCGCUAAAUAUACACACGUACGUACAUUCAACGCACAAUAAACUAAAAUCGAGGUAAAGAUACGACACGAUACGAGUACAUUGUGUGGAAAUUUUAGAGCCUCCAUUAAAUGGAAUCAUCAUUAUCAAUCGCUAAAAGAUAGCUUAAUUUGUACUGCAUGUUAAAUGAAAUUAAAAACUAAACCACAACUAAGGAAUCAUCUUUGAAUCAAAAGCAUGAAAGCUCAAUAAGAGGACUUUCCUUGACUGUAGUUCGCUUUUGUAUACAUAUACAUACAUAAGUAUAGGGAAAGUGAUAAUGUCUUAGAGUUUUAGAAGAAUUUAGAGGAAUGAAAUCCAAAUCUUAUUUUGUGGUAAUUUAAUAUUAAUUUCAUUUUGGUGUACAUUCUACACAACUCAUGGAGCUUGCCACCGAUCAAGAUCUCAUGGCGAACUCAGAGGCAUCCCUCUCUCCCUCGGCUUGUUGGGUAAGUCCCGCACGUCUGUGUGGUGUGUGUGCUGUCCCAGUGCCCAGUCCCAUAGUGUACAUUGUGUGAGCCA